AUGCGCCCCAGUGGAGAGACUCUCCACAUUUGGAAUAUCACGUGGACGUCGCGUGGUUGUCAGGCGAGAGGUGGGGUUACCGUGUCAGCGCGGUCAUGGCUACGUCAGCGGCCGCGCCUCCGGGAGCAGCAGUGCUGGAGGAGGGAGAAGGCCUUCCGGGUGAGUGCAGCCGGAAGCAGCAGCAGGCAGGACAAUGAGCCCUUCCUGGCCAAUCACAUACGAAACCGAGGCAUUCUGUGGAGAAAUAAGCUUUGGUGGGAAUGCUACGCGCGCGCGCGCGACGAGGCCGGUGUGUGUGGGUGUGCUGGUGUGCUGGUAAAGGACGCAGAGCGAGAAAGUCAAAGAGUGUUUAUAUGCUUUGCGCGCAGUGGGAUGAAUUGUUCUGGGGCCCGUUGGUUCAUAAAUCCAGCACGAAAAAUCUUCCGAGGGCAAAUUAAAAAACCGUUCCCGAUGCUUGAUCGCAGCAACCAAUGGCAGGCCGCCGUCAUAGCGCUCGAUGUGGAGCGGAAUGCAUCCCCUGCUGUGCACCAAUUGCAGACGCGUAUUUUUCGCCUCAGGCCUGCUGCCCUGGAGAAGGCUGCCACAGGGUUCGUUUCAUCCCUGAGCGCGCCCGUGGGGGACUGCACCAGUCUGGUGAAGACGGCCAGGGCACCCACCACCAUCGUACGUGGCGAGUGA